AUGCUGGAAGCCCUCACUAAAAGUAUGACGCAGCUGCAGGAGAUGCAAACCAAAAGCCUGAAGAAGGGUCUGGAGGAAGAAGGAACGGAGACGGUGAAGUCUACCAUUGCUCCAUUACCUUUGCUGGCAGCCCCAGAGGGAAACGCUACCGGCAUUGUGCUACAGGAUUGGAUAGCUCAGCUGGCGAUCUCCAUGCAGGACCUUUCUCCGUCGUCGGGUACCUGGUGGGAACAAGUUAUGGCGAAGGUUCAGGAAGCCUACGGGAAGUGGCUUGGCUCAACCCCGCUGGAGCGACUACAACUACAGCCUCAAGGUUUUUCUCAGCUAGCUGAAGGGCGCUGGACUCGUGUGAAUGCCAGAGCUUGUUCACUCCUGUUGCAGAGCUUCGUGGACUCUAUCCGGCAGGACCUGAUCGCAAGGAGGGUGGUUCAGAACGCGGUGCUCAUAAUGUUCCGCCUUCAUACAACGUACCAGCCGGGAGGAGCUUCAGAGAAGGGGAUUGUCCUCGCAAACUUGCAAACGAGUGCCCAGUUGGACACCCUGGAGGAGGCUCUCUCGUGGUUGAGAUCUUGGCCGAGAUGGGUUCAGCGAUGUUUAGAUCUACAUAUGUUGUGCCCAGAUGGAACAGUGCUUGCAAGGACCUUGACUUCGGCAACUUCGCGAUUUAUAGCAGAGAACAGUGACUCCCAGUUCCGUACACAGCUGCUGAGGUCUACGUUGAGGAUAGAUGGCCAGCCGAGUCUAGAGGAUGUCCGUCGCUACCAUCAGCAUCUGCAAGCGGAGCUGGGGUCCAUGGCAGUGAGUAAGCAUGUUACAGCUCCUCUUCCGAAGAUUAAGGCGCUAACAGGAGCUCAGCCCCAGCAGCAGCAGCCAGCGCUGGCAGCGGGCGCAGGAGGAGCGACGCCAUCGCAGAAGCAGCCCUGCCGAUACUUUUACAAAUCGGGAGGUUGCAGACGAGGAGCCAAAUGCCCAUAUUCACACGACACCGCAGCGCUUUCCAAACAGGAGCGGUCAAGGAAGUGCCUUUCCUGCGGAGCAGAGGACCAUCGUCAAAAGGACUGUCCCACGAAAGCGCCCCGAUCACCUACGAGGCCUACGUCAUCUUCUACAACCACGCGAAGCCCGCAGGCGCCCCAGGCGCCAACAGCGCCCAAGCCUACAAUACAGAGGGCGGAGCCGGAGGGUGAGGUCUCUCCAAGUGGAUCGGGACAAGCAGGUGUAGUCACCGGGGAGCCAGUUUGGACGUUGGAGUCGCUGUUGCAAGCGGCAGCUAAAGUCGCCGGGGCUAAGCCCAGCGAUGGAGGACCAUCUCUGCCGGUUCUAUCUCUUCAGCGAAAGGUGCAUGUGGAUGGAACAGAUGGAACGUAUGCUCUAGUGGACUCUGGAGCUACGCAUGCACUUCGAAGGGCAAGAUCAGACUUAGAAUGGCAAGAAUCUUCUCCGGUUACGGUUAACCUGGCUGGAGGUGAGUCUGUGGCGCUUCGGAUGAACCACGCCGGUACCAUUCUAGUGCCAAGGACUGGGGAUACUUCGUCAUCGUCGUUGCCCAUAGUUCCGUUGGGGGCGCUGGUAGAGCAGCUGGGAUAUACGAUGACCUGGAAUGCUAAAAGAUGCAAGCUUGAAGGACGACAUGGUGAAGUGUUUCAGCUUAAAGUGCGUGAAGGGUGUCCGCAGAUAACAGAAAGCGAUGCGUUGACAUUGAUUUCCAGGCUGGAAGACAAUCACCUCAAGCAGCUGAAGGAGAACGUCAAGGCAACUAAGCAUCGAGUGCGAGCAGCAGCUUUGUCAAUGGAAAAAACCUGGAUCGACUAUCUGCUUGCUUAUGCGCUACAGGCGAUUGAGAAAGCCCCGUUCUUCAGCGAGGUUCCAGAAUGUCUCCGAGGUCUAGUGGAAGCAGUACCUGAAGGGAAUGGAUGGGAAGCUCUAAAGGGACUGGAGCACCUGAACCGCAAGGCGAGAAAAAAGUUGUGGACGUCAACUAAAUGGGCAGUGCACAAGUUUGCGGGUGUAAAAGAGAAAAAGGAGUUCAAGUAUUUAGAGGCCCACGGCUACACGAUCCUGGAGCUGGACAUUGAACGAGGAAAGACUCAAGAUGUGGUCGCGCCUAAAGUUUGGAAAGCUUUGGAACGGGGUGCUCGAACUGGACGAAUUGGGGCGAUCUUUGGGGGUCCACCUCAGAACUCCUUCAUGAUCUCCAGGCAUGUUCCUGGAGGACCAGAGCCUUUGCGAAGCAAUGAUUUCAUCUAUGGAAACUGGUCUGGGCAAUCUGCAAAAGAUGUAGCGGAAGUCAACAAACAUACAGCUCUUUUCUGCAGGAUGAUAUAUUUACAUGCGCUGUCUACGGCAGGAAGAGUUAAAGGCGGAGGAGACCCAGAGUCAGUGCGUGAAGUGGGCUUUGUGCUGGAGCAGCCGAGGGACCCUCGAGGCUAUCUCAAAUAUGGAGAUCCGCUAUAUCCCGAUGUGGUUAGCUUCUGGAGGACCUCGUUGUGGACAGAGUAUGCGCUAGAAGCUGGACUUCAUGUUUAUAGCUUCGACAUGGCAGCGUUUGGGAAGGAUGCUCCGGAUGAGUGCCGAGCAGUGGAGAGAUCAUGUACGAAGAGGGAGCUACCGGGAGACGCCAUGCCCGUAUUGAGCAUCCUUCGGCCUUCGUUUUGUCGUCAGACCUUUCUGGGGCAGUUAAAGUGGGAGGAGUUGAUCCAGAUGGACGGGGUGCCUUUCCAAAGCGCUGCGACCUUUGGAGCAAAGGUUAUGGUGCAAAAGAAGCAAAUGGAAGGCCCCAAGCUGGAUGACUUAGCACCUAGGUGGAUGAGUGGUUUCUACGUGGGAAGAUCGGAAAGCCUAUCCAAAGGACAUCUGGUCUACGUCAAGGACGAUGAUGGGGAAAAGUUUGUCCAUACUCUACAUGUUCGUGCUGGACUUCGAGAACCCGUGACUGUGGAGGAUGCGUUUGUUGCGGAAGAGCCUCCAGGACCUGAGCGCCGAGUCAGAGGAAAGUCGGCGGGUUCCGGCGAUGUUGUCGGAGUGGCCAAGGUAAAUUUCGUCGUCAACGAGGACCUCAGGAGGAGAGCGGAAGCCGUUCUGGAGCAGUGGUCCCAGGAGGAGGCGGAGGAUAUCGUAAAGGUUGUGGGCAUGCAUUGUUCAGUUACGGACAACAAGUACGGCAUGUUCAGACAUGGAGGUAAGGUUGGUAUUACCAAGGCUACUGUGGAGCGCCCGUGGCUUGCAAGAGUGUUGGUGAAGCUUUUGAGAAACAAGAUCCCGGAGGCUGAGUUUGCGUCGGUGUUCGUCUCAGUAAAGAAUGAACGCGAGGUUCACAUUGACAGAAACAAUGCCAUGGGGACGUUCAAUUAUUUACUGCCUCUAAAGGUGCCAAAAAGGGGUGGAGAAAUUUGGCAGGAGCUACGUCAUGGAGAUGUGGUUUCUGGAAACAUAGUGGAGCUGACAUCGCAAGACGACAAGUCCCGCUACGGAUGUUCCUACCCCCUUCAAGAAGGCCAAGUCUUUAUCUUGAACCCUCAUCGACGACACGCCGUACUGCCGUGGCAAGGCGAAAGACUGGUGUUGGUCGGGUAUACUCCUGGUGUAUUGCAGAAUCUUGCAAGAACAGACAGGGAAACACUGUGGAGUUUGGGAUUUCCGUUGCCCUUGGUUGAGGAAGAGGGACCAGCAAAUGUGAGUAUUAACAUGCUGAAAUUUGCGGGAAUGAAUGUGCCAGAGGACAGCGAACUCAUCACCCAGGAGGAGCCAUCAAAAAGAAGCAGAAUAUCCAGGGUGAGGGGAACAAGGUCCUUUGGAAGCGCUUUACAACCGGAGUCUGAGCGGGAUGAGGUGAAGAUAGAGGAGUGGAUUGCCAGUGAAAUGAGAGUGGUUAUCCCUGAGCAGGAAGCUGAAGCCGUGGCGUUAGAGGAACAAGGCUUUCUGGAGCCAAGAGUCUAUAAGGCGGAGAUCGGCUACACCCAUGGGAUCGAGGAGAUUUUCAAAGGCCUGGACUCUCCACUGUCCGUGGUACAUACAAUUCACCCUAGCGAAGUCGCAGCAUGCUUUCAGGAGUGGGUGCCGGCUUUGACCAAGGAAGUUUCUUCAUUGGACCACGCGGUGGAAAAGUACCACAUGGAAGAUCCUCAAGUUCGUGAAGACAUCCGGGACAAGGGAAUUCCUAUGAAAAUAAUAUAUACGGUCAAGCCACCAGAUCCUCUUCCAGAAGGCCAGCAGUACGACAAGUUCUACAAGAGGAAAACUAGAAUUGUUGUGUGUGGCAAUCUGGCCGCCACCAAUGAGCCGGGUGACGUUUACACCAAUACAGCUCCGGCAGAGGUUGUGCGAGCGGCAAUAGCUCUGGCACAGCACUUCAAGUGGAACCUCGGCAUCAUUGACGUAAUAGCAGCUUGUCUUCAGACGCCGUUGAAGGAAGUCGCGGGAGCCCCUUUGGUAUAUGGUGUGCCGCCGAAGAGCCUUGUGAGAGCUGGGUUGUGUAAGCCAGGGGAAGUUUGGAAACUUACCCAUGCCGUAUAUGGUCUGGCCGAAUCACCGCGACUAUGGGGAGUUUAUCGUGAUGCUAGACUGGCAACUAUCAGUCUGAUCUAUGAGGGCAAGCGAAUUACAUUGAUGCAAGGCAAAGUGGAGCCUUCAUGGUGGCGGGUUCUACAGGAAGGAUCAGUCUUGGUGGGAAUUGUGGUUAUUUAUGUGGAUGAUGUUCUUAUCUGUGGCCAAGUAGAAAUGAUCAAGGAGCUGACGGCCGCUAUUCAGCAGAUCUGGAAAACAAGCGGUUUGCAAUUGGUCAGCAAAGGUACAAUACGCUUUUUGGGCAUAGAAAUCUCGUCAACUGGUCAGGGGUUUGCACUGGCACAAAAAUCCUAUAUAGCAGAAUUGACAAGGAUUCACCAGCUGGGUGAGCGCCGCCGUGACCUAAUCCCGGUCACAAAAGACCAGGCCUCUUUCGCUGCUCAAGAUGGCGAAGGGGACUAUGGACCAGAGGAGCUAAAGGGGGCUCAACAAUGUGCAGGUGAAAUAUUGUGGGUCAG